AUGCUUCUCUAUGACAGCAAAGAUGUGGCCACAACUCCUUAUGGUGAAUACUGGAGGCAAACGGAAAGCGUCUGCGUUCUGCAUCUACUAAGUAACAUAAGGGUACAAUCUUACACGAAAAUUAGGAAAGAAGAGACUCCUCUAAUAAUUGAGACCGUUAAAAGUUACUGCACUUCUUCUACACCAUUGAAUAUAAGUGAUGUGAUUAUAAAGGUUACCAAUCAUGUAGUGAGUAGAAUAGCUCUAGGCAGGAAGUAUAGCCCCAUAGAAGGAGGUAGAACGUUUAAGGAGCUAUUAGGGGAAUUUUUAAGUCUUUUGGGAGGUUUUGAUGUGGGGACUAUAUUCCAUGGCUUGAAUGGCAGAAAAACGAGAUCAAGUGAUUCAUCAACUCAAAAUUCCUACAACUUGAGAUCAACUGUUAAAAAAGUAGAAGAAGUCCAAGAGGUAGAGAGUGUUUGUACCUCCAGAGGAAUUGGAUUUGAAGAAAAACUGGAACAAGAGUUUGAAGGAGAAGCUGAGAUAAUGGCUAAUGACCAAAGAGAAGUUGCAGCUCAAAGGCAAAUGGCCAUGAAGGACUAUGCUCAUCCAAUAAUUGGUAACACUACUUCAUGCAUAGUUUUAGGCGAUGCAUCUAGGAAUUAUGAGCUAAAGAACAUCCAUUUUAAUAUGCUUCUGUCAUUCUAUGGUAUGCCUAAUGAGGAUGCAUUGACAUUCAUUAGAGAGUUUUAUGCUAUAGUUUAUACAUUCUCAUUAUCUGAACUCAAUAAAGACCAAUUAAAUAUGAGAUGUUUUCCUUACUCAUUAAAAGAUAAAGCAAAGGCUUGCUUAAUGACCUUGCCUCCUAAUUCUUCAGAGGACUUGGCAUGA